GUCUUCGUCAUGCAGCUAUUCAGUCUUCUGCCCAUUAUUCUCCUGGGAUGGACAGCUUUGUUUGGAGUCGCCUACGCAGUCAAUGGUUUGUCGAGACUAUUCCAUGGUAUUGCUCGUCUGCUCCGUACAGCGUUCCCAGAUGCCUACGGCUACCAGCAUGCCUGACGCCCUGAGCCUUGAGGUUCUUGCUAACUCGUGCGUCUGAGCUUCAGAUAUGACACACCCGCGCUGCGAAUGCGGCUACACGGUCAACGCUACAAACACAUCCAGCCCGUUCGCCCUAUUCACCGAUCUCCUAG